GCCUUUCAGUGUCACCCAUCAGUGCCGCCUAACAGAGCCAUACCCAUCAGUGCCACCUACCAGUGCCUCCUCAUCAGUGCCACCUAUCAGUGCCACCUAUCAGUGCUCAUCAGUGCAGCCUCAUUAGUGCACAUCAGUGAAGGAGAAAAAUCACUUAUUUACAAAAUUUUAUAAGAAAAAACGUUUUUUUUCAAAAUUUUCAGUGGUUUUUGGUUUAAGAAAAAAUAAACCCAGAGGUGAUUAA